UCGAGUCUCUCCAUCAAUUAACAGAGAGAGCCGAGAACAGGACGAUAUCUGAGUCUGUCCCUCUGCUUUGCUUUCCAUACUCCACCUGAGUUUUUGUUGGGUUUUUCCUCCUACUGUCACACUUAAACCGGAUUAAUUUACGCAUUGCACCUUUAAGAAGCUGUCCCCGGGAUUAGAGUUACGCGCGGAAGGGUUUUACGCACCGUCGGUUUCCCAGAGCAGCGUGUCCUUCUCCUUCUGCGUCUCUCUCUCUCUCUCUCUCUCUCUUCACUGGUCCUGACACCGCCGGGGAGCCCUGCACGCCGCGCGAUAUGGCCGAGAUGGGGAAAGGGGUCACCGCCGGAAAACUGGCCAGCAACGUCCAGAAGAGGCUCACGAGGGCGCAGGAGAAGGUCCUGCAGAAGCUCGGCAAAGCAGACGAGACCCGGGACGCCGCCUUUGAGGAGAUGGUCGCCAACUUCAACAAGCAGAUGACAGAAGGAACCAAGCUGCAGAAAGACAUGAAAGCCUACCUCACAGCAGUGAAAACGAUGCACGACGCGUCCCGGCGGCUCCAGGACUGCCUGGCCGAGAUGUACGAACCCGACUGGUUUGGCAAAGAGGAGAUGGACACGUUGAUAGAGGAGAUGAUAGAGAAGGAGAUGGACAAUAACUUGGAGGACACAGACACGCUGUGGUUGGACUACCACCAGAACAUCAUGGACAAGUCCAUGACCACGCUGGACUCGUACCUGAAUCACUUCCCUGACAUUAAGGCUCGUAUAGCCAAGCGCGACAGGAAGAUGGUGGACUUCGACAGCGCCCGGCAUCACUUCAGCUCCUUACAGAAAGGGAAGAAGAAGGACGAGGCCAAGAUCGCCAAGGUAACCAGUGUGUGUGCGUGUGCGUCUGUGUGUGUGUGUGUGUGUGUGUGUGUGUGUGUGUUCUGCUGCUUAUACUUAAGGUGUGUCUCUGUGUAUGUGUGUGCAUCUCUGUGUGUGUCUGUCCCUCUGUGUGUGUCUCUGUGUGUGUGUGUGUGUGUCUGUGUGUCUGUGUGUGUGUCUGAAUCUGUGUGUGUGUCUCUGUGUAUCUGUGUGUGUGUGUGUGUGUGUGUGUGUGUGUCUCUGUGUAUCUGUGUGUGUGUGUGUGUGUGUAGUCGUGUUGCCGUCUAUGUUACUGCAUUCCAGAGCCUGGCCGGUCAUCAGGAGAAGUUCCACGGGGAAAUGAGCAAGCUCAGCCAAAACCUGAACGACAUCAUGACCAAACUGGAAGAGCAGCGCGAGCUCAACGAGGAAACCAACCACAGCGAGUCAGCCAGCUCACCACCAAAGGCGGUGCAGAGGCCCGGUCCUCCGCCCGGUCCUCCGCCCGGUCGGCCUCCGCCCCGGCCGACGCCGUCCCAGCACGCCGGCCCCCCCUCAGAGGACGAGGACGAGGACGAGGACGAGGCCUCGGGGCCCGACGCUCACGCAGACUCCAGCAUCACCAUGACGACAGAGCAGUGUGAGCCCUGCUCCGGGGUGAACCUGCUGGAUUGGGAUGUGGAGGUAUUACAGCCCGUCACAUUUACAGCUCCCAAGGCGCCAUCAUGGGACUCAUGGCAACAACAAACCGCUGCAGAGCAGGACCCCCAGCAGGAUGUGGACCAGCACCCAGAGGAGGCCCCUGGGAACUGGGGCCCCGAUGAACACACCACCCACAGCUCCACCCAGCCCAGCUGGGACGGUGCAGAGACCAACUGGGAUGACGAUGGCACCCGAGGGGGACAGGGGGGCUGGGGCGAUGGUGGACUGGUCCAGAGUGCAGCGACCAACGGCUCAGAUGACAAACUCCCUCUAGGAUUCCUCUACAAGGUAAAAGCGGUGCAUGAGUAUGCCGCCACUGACGCUGAUGAGCUGGAGCUGAAGAUCGGGGAUGUUGUGCUGGUUUUGGCUUUUGACAACCCGGAUGAACAGGACGACGGCUGGCUCCUGGGUGUGCAGGAGUCUCACUGGCUGCAGAACAAAGAUAUUUCAGUCAAAGGUGUUUUCCCUGAGAACUUCACUCAGAAAGUUUGAGGUUCAUGCCACAAAGAUUCUUCUUCUUCCCCUUCUGUGCCCGAAACCUGUGAGCUACAUAGAUACAACUGGUCUCCAAAUGUGUAUUCACACACCAAAUGAUUAGAAACGUGCGCUAAAAUGAGAGUACUUCUCCGAGGCUAUGAUAAAUAAUGUUUGUGCCGUGAUCUCAUCAUCACUAAACUAACUGAACGUUAUAGUACCGUUGUAGUACCAUAUAGUAUAGUUAUAGUACCGACUCUACACAAUCAUAGAAAACGUUAUAGUCAAAUUGUACACCCAAAAUAUUACCUUUUUAUCUUGUUUUGAUUUCUUAGCUAUUUAUACGGUGAACUCAAUAACACAAAUCAAUGUGUUGGAUAUUUUCAAAAAGGGAAAAAAGUCAUGUAUGUAUUGUAUGAAUGACAGAAUGAUUUAUGUGGUAUAUUGUCAACAGUUGGAGAACUUUUCACGGUUCCUUGCAUGAUGCAUUUGAUUGUAUUGUCAUUUACUUUUGUAACACAACAAACACUGUGACACCAGCUCUACGUACGACACGUGGCUAAUAUUGUCUGAAUAGUACAGGUGUCCUAGAAUGGAGCCCUGGGGAACACCACAGAUGAAAACAGGCUUUGCCUUGCAUUAUUACAGUUGCUUGGGCUUGUAGGAAUAUAAAAGGGAACAGUAGUUUUUCAUUUACCUUACCGGCCAUUUUAAGGACAUGACUUGAUGUGUGGCUUACAUUUUCUAAUGCUCAUUUGCUUUUAAUUUAGAUUUUUGAAUUAUAUUUUCACUGAUGGGUGAAAUAGAGAACCUUAUCAAACUCAACUCCUCGUAUUUUCCUUUAUCUUCUUUAACUACCACUAUUUAACUAUUUUUGAACAUUUCCCAUAUGAAUUUGACUCAAUCUUGUUGCUCCCUUGGACAGGACUAUCUCAACUGGAUCACUAUGUACGUACAAGCACACUUUUUCCAGUAGAAAUUCGGUUUAGGCUGCAUACUGUGAGCCCAUGGAGUCCAAAACUGCACUGCCAGCAGCUAAAUGAGAGACUGAGGCUAUUACAUUUAUACAUUUCUAACCAUAUAUCCUGCAGAAACCAAAGUUAACCCCCAUGAAAACUGUAUUUUUACAUUGUGUGGAAUUAAGGAGUCAAGUGGUAACUAAUGCACCAUCUGUUAAGUCAGUGUCAUUAAAGAUGAAUGAAACAACA